GUGUCGCUAGCGAAGACGUAAGAAGAGAUUGAAAAUGGCUAAGGAACAUUGUCCGGCGGAGAAUCGAAGAAGAGAAGAAGAACACAACAGUCAGAUACUUUUUCUUCUUAUUUUGUCCGUACCGAAAUCGGAAAAUGGACAUUACUGUUCGAAUCUCCGGCUUAAAAUCCUCCAAUCUAAUCCGGAUAACCCCUAGAUUCUCAUCUUCCUCUAGAUUCCGUUGCUCCAACAACGAACCUCCUCGAAAGGGAAACGAGUCCAACGCAGGUGGUGGUGGUGAUAAAGCGUCGACGGACUGGGACAAGGCGUGGAAGAAUUUCAAGAAGCAGAGCAAGAAGUCAUUGUUCUCGCAAUUCAACGUGGACAAGUACGUGACUUGGAAUCCUCCCAGAUCGGAGUUUGAUUUGUCGGAAGAAGUCGAUCCUAUAAAAAGAACAGAGAGAUCCAAUCUCAUGCUCUGGACAAGUCCAAGGUUCACACUUGUUGGAGCCAUCGUCAUUGUCUCAUUCCUCCUUCUCUACACCAUUCUUGCUCCUGUCAAGUGAUAAUAAUCUCAUUCAUCUUUCAUUUAGAUCAGAUUCUGAAUCUGUUGUUUCUACUGUUUAUAUGCAUUACUACUUUUGCCAAAUAAUAAGAUCGCAGUUUCUACAGUCAAGCAAAUAAAAACGCAGUAUAAUAGAGCCCUUUUUGUUUUUGUAAUAACCGAGAUAGAUCAUGAGCCGAAAUCAAGAUUAAUCCCCUGAAGUUUAUAGAAAUUCGUGUAUUUUUUU